UUCAGGGAGAUGGAGCCCAAGGAUCAACAGCUCAUGGUGGCGCUUCGGAUCCGCCCGCUCAGUGAAGCUGAACUGGAGGAAGGAGCCACCAUCAUCGCCCACAAACUAGGGGACCAGGCAAUUGUACUCAUGGACCCUGGUGAGGACCCUGAGGACACCCUUCGCGCACACCGGUCUCGGGAGCGCACCUUCAUCUUUGACAUGGUUUUUGACCAGCACUCGUCACAGGAAGACGUGUACUCUGCCACCAUCCAACAUUUGGUAGAGGGUGUCAUUUCUGGAUACAAUGCAACGGUGUUUGCCUACGGCCCCUCAGGUGCAGGGAAGACACACACCAUGCUGGGUAUGGACACAGAGCCUGGCAUCUAUCUGCGGACCCUCACUGACCUCUUCCAGGCCAUUGAGGAGACCCGGGACAACAUGGACUAUAGCGUGUCUAUGUCUUACCUUGAGAUUUAUAAUGAAGUGAUCCGGGACCUCCUGAACCCAUCUUCUGGGUUUCUGGACUUGAGAGAAGAUUCUAGGGGCAACAUCCAGAUUGCUGGCAUCACAGAGGUCUCCACCUUGAAUGCCCAAGAGAUCAUGCAGCUCCUCACCAGGGGCAACCGGCAGCGCACACAGGAGCCCACGGCCACCAACAAGACGUCCUCACGUUCCCACGCAGUGCUGCAGGUGACGGUGCGCCAGCGGUGGCGUGGCCCAGACCUGGCGGAGGAAGUGCACCUUGGCAGGCUGUUCAUGGUGGACCUGGCCGGCUCAGAGCGUGCCUCCCAGACCCAGAACCGCGGCAAGAGAAUGAAGGAGGGCGCGCACAUCAACCGCUCGCUGCUGGCGCUGGGCAACUGCAUCAACGCGCUCAGCGAGAAGGGCGGCCGAGGGCAGUACGUCAACUUCCGGGACAGCAAGCUCACGCGCCUGCUGAAGGAUGCCCUGGGAGGGAACAGCCACACGGUGAUGAUUGCACACAUCAGCCCGGCCAGCAGCAGCUUUGAAGAGUCACGGACCACACUGCUCUAUGCGUACAGGGCCAAGAACAUCAAGACGAGGGUCAAGCGCAACCUGCUGAACGUCUCCUACCGCAUCGCUCAGUACACGGACGUCAUCUCAGAACUACGCAGGGAGAUUGAGCAUCUCAAAUCAAAAAUUGAAAAGCAAGAGAAGAACAAAAGUGGACCUGGCAUCCCGGACGUUCAAGUCACGGUUCCCCCCAACGAUGCAGAAGACGAGAGCCACUUGCAGAUGAACAAGAUCCGGGCGCAGCUCAUCAGGGCCUUUAAGGAGCAGAUGGAGAUGCGGCACAGCCUGGUGGAGCUGGAGAACACCAACCUCGAACUGCACGUGGACCUGUCCCGCCACCUGCUGACCAUUGCAGACUGGGAGCGGGAGAAGAGCGACCUCCACAUGCAGAGGGAGCAGGACGAGCUGGAGAAGGAAGAGGAGCUGGCAGAGACUGAUGGGGAGGAUGCACCCACAGAGCCACAGGAGGUGGCUGUGGCCAGAGAAGAAGUCAACCUGCUGUUAGCCGAGCAUCGGAAAACCUCAGCCCUCAAGGCUGGCCUGGAGCAGCGGCUGGCCCUGGCCAAGCAGAAGGCCUCCCAGAUGGAGACGCUGCUGCCCACGCAGGUGACCAGUGAGGACCAGCGGGAGGUGCUGCGGCUGCUGUGCAGGGCCCAUGAGCUGGAGGUGGAGAACACAGAGCUGCGGGCCGACAACCUGUGCCGCAAGACCCUGCUGUGCCAGAAGGACUUGGUGAUCCAGCACUGCCGCCAGCACCAGCGGCUCUGCGAGCAGCUCAUCCGGGGGCAGCGGCAGUUGAUGCAUGACAGUGGCAUCCAGGUGCCAGAGGCCCUAGAGAGGCAGUACCAGCUGUACUUCCGGGAGCUAGGUGAGGACACGCUGGACCGCUUGCUGCUGCUGCACUCUGGGAUGGCCAGCUCACUGCAGGAUGCUUCUGUUCUGAAUAUAUCAUCUCUGCCCGAGGCCAGCCAAGCCCAGCACAAGGACAAGAAAAACCUCCCGUGGGGCCUCCAAUCUGAGCUGCUCCCGCUGCUUCUAGAGAGAGAUAGUGAUGGUAACAAGUCACUGAAAGCCACGGCAUCGAGAAAGCCAGGCAGACAGGACUCUCUCCUCCCUCCACCACCGCUUCGCACCCGGCUGACUCCUCCCAUGCUCGAGAAGCCGAGCACCCUGACCAUGAAAAGCCUCAUCUCCAAGCUGAACCCCCCGGCUGGUCUGGAGUUGGGCACCCCCUGGCUGACGGGGAGAGCUGGCAGCCCAGCCCUGAGUGUCCAGGCCCGCAAAGAGAUGGCCCUGGGCACCAAGAGCAUUGCCCGCAUCGCAGCCAGCCGGCGCUCCAAGGCACAGGACCGGGACAGCAGUAGCAGCCGCUCGUCCCGUCACCUGGAGGAGGCAGCCCUGGACUCCAAGGACCAAAAGCCCAGUGCCACCCCAGACCCCAGCCCUGCAGAGAAGAGGUGGCUCCCUGCCAGCCCGAGCAGGGACCGCUCCGUGGAAAGAAAGGCCAGGAGGAAGCGGUCGCCCUCUGUCACCUGUGGCGUGCAGCUGAUGACGGAGAAACCUCCCCUCUCUGUGGAGCAUUUUACUGAGAGUCAGCUGUCCCUUGGACACUUGCAGCCAUCGAAGUCAUCAGGAAAGAGCUUUUUCCCAGCUGUCCCUACGGCCUCCAAAACAAAACCCAACCUCAGUUUCCACACAGAAGAAGCCACGCUGCAUGUUCCUGAAGUCAGCUUCACCUUCCCCAGCCCCACGUGGCAGAGCAGCGCAGGUUCCAGCAGAGCGCCCCUCCUGCCCCGUGAUAUCCGAGGGUCUGCAGACAGCGGAGGCCAACACCACAGCCCACUGCCCCCUAGCAACCCCCGCGGGCGGCAGGGAGGCAGCGCCAAGAGGCCACAGAGACCAAGGUAGUCGGUGAAUGGUGAAGCAGGCACACAGGGGACCAGGAGCCAGCCCUACCGUCAGGCUGGAUGGACAAGAUGGGCUGUGGCUGGGACACGUCUGGGCAGCCCGCACACCACUGCAGGGCUGCCUUCUAGAGACACGCCGUGGAGAGCCAGCCCUGACCAUGGGCCCUCCAGGAAGCGCACACCUUUCUGGGGACAGCACCAUUGAGGAUGCUCUUCUGGGGCCACCCCCCAUCCAGGGUCUGCUCUGGGAGGAUGCUGUCUGGGGAGGGGGAAGGGGCUGCAGCCAGUAGGCCUGGGCUGCAGAGGUCGGGGGAUGCCUGAGCAGCCACAGCCGGAGGUGGAGAGUGAGCUCCC